AUGACCGACCGCUCGAUAGUGGCCGGUCCAGGAGCCGAGGCUCAGCAGGUUUCGAUGCUCCUGUCAGCUCUGAUCAGUGUGAUGGAGCAGAACUCAGGCGAACAGGGCGACGGCGGGCCACCAGGGUUACUGCAGGAUCAGAAAAACCAAUAUCUGUCCUCGCCAAGCUCUCGAUUAUCUCCCAGGACACCCUUUAGCUUCAGUUCGGUUGAUCUUGAAGUAAUCCUGAGAGUUAAACUCCACGAACCCUCGCACAAUCUCAGACUCUGA